AUGAUGAACCGGCGUGCAACUCGCAACGAAGAGGACGACGAUCCGGAGUAAGAAACGAUUCCCUUUCAGUGUUAUUCGUGUGUUUCAGAUACAAUCCGAGAAUGAAAAAAGGGCGUAAGUCGACGAGAGCUCCGCGUGCUCAGCAACCGAAACGCCAGUUCGGAGUGGUGCCGCCGGUGAGUGGGAGAGAGAACGGAAACGGAGAAAAACGGGGCAGGUUGACUUUCAGCUGGAAUUGGAAAUGAGUUUUGGCGUUUCAGAAUGGGUCUGUAAGUCGAAAGGUGAAAUGUGCUAGAGAUUCUAUGUUCCUAGUCUAGACGAGACUAUUCGUUCACCAGCAAUCUCUUUCCUCUUGUCUCAUCCAUUCUUUUUAUAGAUUGAAGUUCGGACCGAAGCGGAGAGAGCCAAAGAUCUGCUUCUGUUGAAGGCCAUCGAAAACAUGUCCUCUAGAGAAGUACUCGCCCUGCUCGAAGGUAAACUUUUCGUCUCAAAACUUGAAGUGCCCGAUAUCAGUGUCUUUUUCAGACGGUGCCAGUCCGAACGCUCGUUCUUCCAACGGGAAUCCGGCCAUCAACUUGGCUGUGAUCCACUGUAGUCGAGGCAUUGUAGGCCAUUUGUUGGGGUAAGUCUAUUUCCGAACAUUUGUGCGCGUACACGACCGCUUUUGUAUCGAUCUGUACGAUCCUCUAAGGCACGCGACUGAGUUUCAGCGACAAAAUAUGGGCGGUAUUUUAAGCGUUACAACGGCAAAAAGUAUCGGAGAAUGACUGAAAUUCGCGCAUUUUCAGCACAAAACUUGAACAUCGAUUCAAUUCAUUCAUUUCUGAAUGAAAACUGCUCGUUUUAAGCUCAAAAAGUGCGCGAUGAUUAGUUUAACAAAGUUAUGCAAUUACAUCGUCGAAAUCGUACUAAAUUUGGGUAAUUUUUGACGAAAAACAUGAAAAAUUGGGUUAAAUUUCGAAUUUCGCGCCAAAAUGGUGAUAAAUCGUGCACGCUAGGCCACGCCCCUUUCUACGUUUUUGGUCGCCGUGCACGUGCACGCAUUUCUCAACCCUCCAAGACUUUUCGAAAUAAGAACGUUUGUUUGCAGGGCGGGCGCGAACCCAUCCUCGUGCAACUACUCCUCCGAGACUCCGGCCCAUUUGUGCGUGCGCAGUCUGUACCGCCGCAACGCGAAAGGAGAGGUGCGUCCGGCGUUCGUGACCCGCGAACGGGAUCUCAUCGAGAUAUUCGACAAAUUGGUCACCAAGGGCGCCGACAUCAAAAAGACCGAUCACUGGGGAUUCAGCGUCGAGUAUCUCCUGAACAGCGUCGGAAUUCCGUGCGAUGCGGUGAGAACUGAAAGAGCGAUUCAGACACACUUCAACAGGGAAUGUUUCAGCAAGAGGCAAUGCGACUGCGCAUCAAACGGAGUGGCGAGAGAGGGAGCAAGUUUGCGAAACUUAAAAAGUGGGCGGAUGCGUUCUUUAUCGGCACUCGGGCUCACGAUUUGGACGAGGAGGAGGAGGAGGAGGAGGAGGAGGAGGUGGUGGUGAGCGGAGGGAAUGCAUUUCAAGAUUCAACUGUUUGUAUUGUAGGUACCGCCGCCGAAGAAGAUGCUCGAAUGGAAUGUUCUGGAUUUGGAACCCUUGCGUCAACCGGAGCCGGAGCACAUUCUCUCGCAGGAGAUUCUUGAGCAUUCACAACCAGAAUUGGAACAGAAAGACCAACAUGAGGAGUCGGAAGCAAUCGAGCAUCUGUCGCAGCUUUCAAUGGAGCAGCCCGAGCAACAGCAGAACUCAGAUCCAAUCGAUAAACUGAUUGAUGCUUUAAUGGAGAAGAAGCAAGCCAUUCACGCGGAUCCUGAACUCGAAAUCGACCAAUUUUCGGAGCUCGUAAGAACGGUGGCAACGCUUGAAAGACAAAAUGUGCAGCCAGAACUGGAAGCGAUUGCUCAGAAUGAACCAGAGAUUGUGCUCGAGCUUGCAUCCGAAAAGAGAGUGGAGACUGCGGAAAUUGACGUGGAGAUCGGCAGCUUUGUGACACUGUCCGACCAGUCGAAUCAACAACAGAUCCCAGAUCAAGGACCAAUGGAAGUGGAUGCGGUGGAGCACGAUCAAGGGGAACAAGAAGAGAGUCAUGGGGAAGCCGAAGGACAACACCCGAAUACACAGGAGCAGAUCGCGGAGGUUCGGCCCGAGCCACAAAACAACGGAGAAGAGAGCUUAGAGAUACCGCCCGUGGUGGAUACAACUGAGACGAGACAGAUGUUGGAGGAAGGGCCAGAGGAAGCACUGGAUCUACUAUCUUACGUGGCAGAGGUGUUUGGGGAACACAUUCGAGUGGACAAAACGGCUUCAGCAGAGGAUGACGAACGUGAAAGUGAACAAGACGAAAAUGCGGCCCUGAUUCAUGCCGCUGAUCCUGAUCCUGAUCCUGAACCCGAACCUGAAGUUGAACCUGAAGUUGAAGCUGAAGUUGAACCUGAAGUUGAAGCUGAACCUAAAGUUGAAGCUGAACCUGAAAUUGUACCUGAUCCUGAAGUUGAAGCUGAGUCUCAACCUGAGCCGGAAUUGAUACCCGACUCACCAGAGAUGAUACCCGACUCACCAGAGAAUGAGGCGGUCCCUCUGGAAGUCGCAAAAGAGAGUUCGGUGCCGCAAGAGGAGCCAGCUCCGCCGCCGCCGCCACAGCCACAGUUUGUGCCGUCGGAAAGUGAACCGAACGAGGUGAGCACAGUUAGAACCAUCAAAAUCAAAAAGUUGACACAAUUUUCAGUUUCAGGCAAUCGACCCGACUGGCGAUCCGACCAAUCCUGCGUCGAUGCCGCUGCAGUUAGAAUUGCUUCAGUUCCACUCGAAUCCCUGCCUCUCCCAACCCAUCAUCUAUUCCGACAUGAUGGAAGUGAUCGGAAACGAGAACUGGGAGUGCUCAUCCGGAGCGUUUUCGUCUCAACUUCCGUCGCCUCCGGAAGUCGUGCAACGUGCCGAAAGGAAGAGAGAACGGAGUGGAGAGGAAGCCGGUGGUGGGCCGGAGAAGAAGACGAAGAAGAAGAAGAAGAAGAAUAGUGCCGUCCAGCCGAUCCAAUUCUCGCCAAACUCGCCAUUCCGUCCGUUUCCGCAGACGGACUCGAACUCCUUGCUGCCCAGUUUCUCUUUCCCGAUCACACCGUCACCGCCCGUCAACACUUUCGAUUAUCCUCAAUUGCCCACAGGUGAAGCACUAUUCUUAUAUUGUGCUCUUCUAAAUCACCUUGUCGUCAGUCAGUCUCAUCUCGGUUUGCCUUAUCUCUAAAACUUUGGAAAUCCUAUAUUCGGCAACUGCUUACUACAUAGUUAACACAAUUUCCCGAAAUUUUGCACUCUAAGUCUUCGAGCUUCUACUAUUUUUGUUGUUCUUAAUUCUAUUACAAUUAUAACAAUAGUAAUGUUGAUAACCAGUUCAAUUCAGUUCGUUUCCUGUCGACUUCUUCUUCUUCUUCUUCUCCUGUUUCUUUGUCUCAAGUGUCAUUUGUUGGUUUUUGAGAUCUAUUUGACAAAGAUUCACAAUAAUAAUCACAAGUGGUAUUGUCUUCUCACAAGAGUUCACUUCUCUGCAUAUCUAAUGAGUCCGCGUGGCCAUUCUCACUUUUCAUUUCAGAUUUUCCACACGGCUGAUCGAUUCGAUCGAAGUUCCAGUAGAUGAAGACGUUCAAUUUUCAUUUCUCUCUCACACAAAUCACUCUUACGUUAUUCCAUAUGUUCGCAUUCAUUUCGUUAACCGUAGAAUGACACCAAAAACCGCAUCAUUUGAAAACGAUGUAUCUCAGCUGUAUGUAGAGAUAUCAAAAGUUUGUCAACUGAUGAAAUGUGCACAAUUUCUUUUUAAACAAUUUUUGUGUUGACAACUUUUCGAUAUCUCCACCGGCAGUUAAAAUACAUUGUCUUGAACGGGCGGUAUAUAUAUAUACUCCCGAUCGGUUCCGUACCAUUUUCUUCUAUGUGCUGAAAUGAACUAUAUUUCAGAGAUGGACCGAAGUUUGCAGGGAAUGUCGAAUAAACGGUGAGCACUUGAACUGUUCAUUUGUUAUUUGCCAAAAAAACGUAUAAUGAAUGAUUGUAGAGGGGAAAUGGAAAGACCAGUGAGAAGUUGCCGGAUAGCGAAGCCUCCGGAAGAGGUGAGUGAAGCGAAAAGAGGCGAAACAAGGGUAUUAGACGUCGUUUGGGCCCUACAACUUUUUGUGUGUCACUCAAUUCGCCCAGUUAUUAACGUGUUUCUAUCAGCUCUCACACGACAUCCUAAAUUUGUAUGCAAACUUCACUAAUCUAAAGCAGUCACGCGAGGGGUCGCAGAGGAAAGUGUUCAAUAGGAAAAAUAAAGUGAUGGGUGUGUAGAGUUCUCACUCAAGAGUUUUUAGAUUGUUUCACUUAGCCGUCUACCCCCUUGCACCUCUAGUUUUUAACUGCUUGUUUUGUCUUAUUGGCGUCUUUGAGGUUGAGCUAAUCACGGUCUCCAGAGCUGACAAUGGGCACAAGUGACAUUUAUCCGUUUGAAGGUUUUUGGCUAAAACUGCGUGAAUUUCAGUUGCUUUUCGGUAAUUUUCGCGGUUCGAGCGCUCAAAAUGCUUGUAUUUACGUGAUUUAUCAUUCUCAAAAUCAAUUCUGUCGGAAAACGGUCAAGAAAGCGCAAAAUGAGAAGUGCCGAUUUUAGGUGGCUAACGGCGGCGAAGGCGAAAAAGCAAAGUCGGCGAAAAAUGCGCCAAAACGUCAUUAAUUCUGAGGUGUGUUUUCAUGUCGAACAAUCAUUUUUCAUCGCCUUUGACCACAAAAAUCAGAGAAAACGUGCUCAAUUUAUGAAAACGCCAUUAGGCCGCCGAGGCCACGCCCACAUUGUCAGCUCUGGAGACCGUGGCGCUAAUGCUAUAGUAAGAGAAAUCAGUCUCAUCCUAGAUUUCUUUAGGAAAAACAGAAAGAAGAACGGAAUGAGCACGGCGACACGGCGCUGCUUGAAGCGGUUUCGGAAAAGAAUUUCGAAAAAGUGAUCGAGUUGUUGACGGGUAAGCGCCCGUACUUAUAACCUAUCAGUGGCCUCGUUCAGCCGGAGCGAAUGUCUUCGCAAAGUGCAACUCUCGCUACACGGCGCUGCAUGAGGCCGUCCUUUACUGCCAGCCCCGUAUGGUCUACUAUCUACUCAAGUAAGUCUCGUUCAGUCGCAUAAUAGCAAACUCGUUAACAUGUAAACUCUCAGGGCGAAAGCUAACCAUUCGGAUCACAGCAACAGCCUACAAGAGUCCCCGUUGCACAUCUGCAUCCGCAAUCUCCAUAUCGUCUACAACAGAGAUGCGAAAAAGUUGGCUUUCAACAAACGUCGCGCCGGUCUUCUGAAGAUCUUCAAAAUGCUGAUCAACGCUGGAGCCGAUGUGAGGCAGAAGGACAAAUGGAGCUAUUCGCCACUUCAUCUGCUGCACGUUAAAGAGGAUAACUGCGCAGAGGUUAGAAUCAAGAACCGAGUGAACUGAAGUGAACUGAACAUUCAGAGAAUUCAAAUGCUCAAAUAUUUGGAGAAGAAGCGCGGACGACAUUCGUUUUUUGUGGAGAGAACCGGCAAGAACGGGUUUCAGGUGGGAUCGCGAGAGGGUAUUGAAGAACUGGGCGACGAGUUGGGCAUCGAAAACGAAUCCGACAUUGAGGAGUACGAGCCGGAAGGAUUCGUGAGGACCAAAACGCCGGAAUUGGUUGGUGUCUGAGUUGACUAGAUUCCCAGUUUCUGUUUCUGUUUCUAUUUCAAUUUCAGCCGGACCCCAACAGAAAACGAAAACGAAAGUUGGAAGUAGAAUUGCCGGGACCGCAAAAUCUGUUGCCGCAGCGGCCGUCUGUAGAAGUUCUUGCGCUGGACGAUGAACUGGAGAUAGUGCGAAUGGAGACGAAGGAAGAUGACCCCGCGGAAGUCCCUUCUGGGAGUGCCCCGAGAGCUAAGAGGCCACGAGAAGAAGAAGACAUUGAUUUAGACGGCAAUGUGCUCAGUAUUCCGUCCAAUCAGCUCCCGUCGUCAAGCAUGCAGACACGGCAGAAACCAGUUGAGAGAGCUGCAAUCUCACCCGAACUCCAGGUAACUUCUGCCCUUGAGCCGUCCGCCGACCGACUUCAUUCCAAACGUUUCAGCUGAGAAUAGUCCGACCGGAUGUUUUAGUGAAACAAUGGAAUGAGACAUUGGCAGUGGGUCUAUCUUCUGCGAAGAAGCACGUUAAUACCGAGUCGUCUUCCGAUGCACAGACGUCUUCUUCCUCAGACUCGCCGCCCAAUUCCCAUGAUCUCCUUCCGUCUUUUGAUGCUCCUCCGGCUCGGCCAACUUCUACUUUACUUUCGAUUCCGAUUUCGGAGCGCACUGAGACAACUAUUGCGGAACCAACAAGUGUCCGAUCUUUGAUGGCUGCUAGAGAUGAGACUCUCAACCGACCGAAGCCACGUGCUCCAUCUCCUCAACGAUCUUCUUCUGCAGCACCUCCAUCUUCGUCAAAACGAGAAAUCAUAAAAUCGCCAGUUCCCCGUCGUUCUUCUUUCUUGCAUACUCGACGCACUGAGAAACGGAGAGCCACUGAUAUUGACGAAGAAGAGGAUGGGGCGAGGAGAAAAAGAUCCAAAUCGGUGAACUUCUCUCUUUCGUUGAAUGCUCCUGAAGCUUCCCCGGCGGAUAAGCGGAGCACCGCACACUCAUUUCUGAAUAUUGACGUCCAAUUGAUAAGAGAACUGACUGCAGAGGUGGAGAAAGUGCUGCAAGAGCCGCGGCGCGCCGAACGACAGGCACUUUCCAUUCGUACAGCCGAAAAGCCGAAAUCAGAGAAUCCGAUUCCACGCUACUUAUAUCAUGCAUCUUUGUUCUCUUCGACAAGACACCCGACCGCCUUCCCUCUCAGUCUCGACGACUUUUUCCGCACCGAUUUCGAAGUGAACAAUCCGAAUUUAUUCGAAGGGAUCCAUACUGAUUCGGUUCUUUCUGAAUCCGUCCGAAAGGCUGGUCAGAUUAGAAAUUUGUUCAGUAGACUAACUAAAACAAUGAUAGACGCGUACGCGGAUGUUGCCCAUCGAAAGAACCUAUUUUACAGACACAGCUUCAGAUUAUAACCAUUUUUGCACAUUCUUGUUGUUUUAAUUUUUAAUUUAGGCACUUUUUUCAACUAUAUUUCCAUCGCUAGCGAUCGCUCAAUGUCCUUAAUGCUCGUUUUGUCGUUUUUCCCUCACUUUUGUGUCAUUAAUGCAAUCUCGCUCCAUUGACAAUUGUACUUUUCAUCGUGUUUUCAUCUCUUUUCAUGACCGUUUCUCAAUUUUCGUACAUUUUUCAAUGUUUCCAUUCAUUUUCCUGUUAAUUUACCUCUCUUUUUAUUGACCAUCUCAAAAUUUGCACACGCAGUAUCAAUAAAACAGGGUAACCUUCCAAAAAUCGAUUUUGCUCCGCGUUCCGCUGAAAAGGCUAAUUUUCCCCGUGUCUUUUUCCAUGCUGCUUUCAAAAAUAAAAUGUUCUGUUCAGAUGAAGUAUCAAGUGGAAACGCAGGCGCUUCCCUACUCGACCAUCAUUCUCCACUGCCUCAAAUAUCCUGCGAAAGGCGUGUUCGGCCUGUUGAUCGGCAACAAAAAAGGCGACAAAGUCACGGUUUGUGUAUCCUGAAUACUCAAAAAUCUGAAAUAAUUAUAUUAAAAAUCAGUGUUCAGGUGACGGGAUGUGUGCCCCUGUGCCACGAAUCGACGCCGCUGGCGCCACCGCUCGAACUGGCAACUUCUCUCGUUCACGGAAAGUACGGCGCCUCGCUUGUUGGCGUUUACUUCUCAAACGCGACGCCGUCGGAGACGUCGCUCAGUCCGUUCGCCAUCCGACUUGCCGAGCGGAUAUCCGCAGUGACCUCGUCGGCCGCCGUGCUCAUCCAAGUGAUGAACGAGAAGCUCGUGGCGGACUGCGAUCAGGAUAGACUCGUGGCUUACGAGAAGGAUGGAGAGAGCUGGAAAGAGACCAAGUGAGGAGGCGUGCGUCAUAUAGGAAAAUCCUGUUUUUGUUUUCAGAACCAUCUUCCAAGGAUCGAACUUCUUGAAAGGAUUGCAGGCGGUUAUCCAGAAGAAAUUAUAUCGGGAGCUGGCCGACUUCGAGAAUCACCUCGACAAUCCGGAUUCCGACUUCUACAACACCAAUCUGAGCAACAAACUAGUCCAAGUAGCUGAAUUUAGAGCUUAA